UCCAACCACAAUUUUAUAAAAAUGGGACGUUAAAUAUAUAAAUAAUUCAAAUAAUAAUCUUUCUGUCAAUAAACAUUACAUUCCACAUUUCAAGUUACCCAUUAAAAUGCAAUUUUCUAAUGAUAAAGACGUGUGCCUCUGUUCUUCAAUAACCCAUCUACCUUGUCCGUCAUCAUGUUCAUCACAUUCACUCAUCAAGGAUGCUUGUUCAAAAUAUUAUCAAGAGAUUGGAGCUGAGAUGAUUAGCAAUCAGCUGAUUAUUAGAUUAGAGAAAGAUAAAAAUAAGUCGAAAAAGGAACGGGGAGAAUGGGAACCACCUUGUGACUGCGUCGAAAUUCAGAGACCGACGCGUAAAUCAGGCCCCAAAAUAAUCAAUGCCGAUUAUGACGAUCGCAUUAUAUUUCGCGUUCACUCGUCACAACGUUUACAUAAGGAAGAUCCUUAUAAAUCGCAAACUGUUGUCUACAAAAUCGAAUCAUGCAAAGAUGGACAACAAGACAAUCAUCAAUGCAAGACCAUUACUGUCUAUCCUCAAUUUAGUUCGGGAACACAAAAAGUGUAUAGCGAUCAUAUAAGAGAAGGCGAUCAAGAUAUCUUUUUAUUAAGAAUUAAAAAGAAAGCAGAAGAUUCUGAACAGAAAAAUAGAAAUGUCGAACUCGAACUCAGAACACCUAAACCGCCGCGAAUACCGUCACCGUCGCCAAUACCGUCAUCUGUAUUUGCAUCUGAAGUUGCACCAUCGCAAAUCAAUCACGACAUAGAAGAUGAAAAGAAAUCGAAUGAGAAAAUUGUAAAGCAACCAAUCAGCGUAAAAGAAAAAAAAACAAACAAAAGAAAAAAGAAAUAAUU